UUUUUUCCUCCGCCGGUCCAAUUUUAUUCAAUCUCAGUCAUCAUUUUCUCUCUCUAAAAACUUCAUUCACUUGCACUUUCUCUCUCUAAAAACUUAGGGUUUUUUCUCGACCUCCGUCCAUGGAUGACAUUCCAAAUUCCAUUGACGCAUAGCAUAAAUAUAUGUAGUGUAUUUAUCGUCAGAGUUUGAUUUCAUUCGACCCGACCCGACUUGUUCCGGUUUGAGGCAGAGUUAUCGUGAAUGGAGCCGAAUUCUUCUGGCAGUGGGAAGGCUGCUGUCGGUGACGGAGGAGGAGGAGGAGGAGCUCCGAUGUUACAGCCGGCGCCGGCGCCGAUGCCCAGUGCAAAUGCGCCGCCGCCGUUUCUGGUGAAGACGUAUGAUAUGGUGGAUGAUCCGAGUACGGAUAAGAUCGUGUCGUGGAGUCCUACGAAUAAUAGUUUUGUGGUUUGGGAUCCUCCGGAGUUUGCUAAAGACCUACUUCCGAAGUACUUUAAGCAUAAUAACUUCUCCAGCUUUGUUCGGCAGCUGAAUACUUAUGGUUUUAGAAAGGUUGAUCCAGACCGCUGGGAAUUUGCUAAUGAGGGAUUCUUAAGAGGUCAGAAGCACCUGCUUAAAAGUAUAAGUCGGCGUAAACCUGCUCAUGGACAUGCUCAACAACAGCAGCAGCCACAUGGACAUGCUCAACAACAGACGCAGCCACCUGGACACAGUGCAUCUGUUGGGGCUUGUGUCGAGGUUGGAAAAUUUGGGCUUGAAGAAGAGGUUGAGAGGCUGAAAAGGGACAAGAACGUGCUUAUGCAAGAGCUGGUUAGGCUCAGACAACAGCAGCAAACCACUGACAAUCAGUUGCAAGGGAUGGUGCAGCGCCUUCAGGGUAUGGAGCAGCGACAACAACAGAUGAUGUCAUUCCUGGCAAAAGCUGUUAACAGCCCUGGAUUCUUGGCACAGUUUGUACAGCAGCAAAAUGAGAGUAAUAAGCGAAUAGCUGAAGGCAGCAAGAAACGAAGGAUUAAACAGGACAUUGAAUCACAGGAUCAAUCCGUUACUCCUGCGGAUGGGCAGAUUGUUAAGUACCAACCUGGGAUAAAUGAGGCAGCAAAGGCAAUGUUCAGGGAGCUUUCAAAACUAGAUUCUUCUCCUAGAUUAGAGAACUUCAGCAACGGUCCUGAAAGUUUCCUGAUUGGUGAUGGUUCACCACAAUCUAAUGCAUCUUCCGCUCGUGUUUCAGGAGUCACUCUUCAGGAAGUCCCACCAACUUCUGGCCAGCCCUUGCUGAAUACAGCUUCAGCCAUUGCCGGUCAAAGUUUGUUGCCUGCGACUUGUGAGAUCCACUCAUCUCAUCUUGGCACAUCUUCUGAAAUCAUCAAUAAUCAGUUCUCAGACAUAAUCCCAUUGGUAGGAGGUCAAAAUUUGCAUCCUGGUUCACUUUCUGCAUCAGAUAUAAUUAUGCCUGAGUUAUCACAGUUGCAAGGAAUUUUGCCCGAAAACAAUAUAGAUAUGAUUGGAUCUGCAAUGGAGCAUGAUUCUUUCAUGGAUACUAGCGCAGUUGAGGGAGUGAACGGAAAAAUGGGACUAGAUAUUGGUAGUUUCUCUCCUGAUCCUCAUAUUGACUGGCAGAGUGGUUUGCUGGAUGAUAUACAAGAGUUUCCUAGUGUAGGUGACCCUUUCUGGGAAAAGUUUCUUCAAAGCCCUUCCCCUGGAGAGACAGAGGAGAUGGACUCUGCUGCAAUGGAUGAUGAUAUUUCGAACACAAGUGAAACUAAACCACAAAUAAAUGGAUGGGAUAAAACUCAGAACAUGGAACAUCUGACUGAACAAAUGGGGGCUACUAAUAUCAAACAACAAAAAAGUAUGAUCUGAUCUCUAAAUGAAAUGUACACAAAGGUAUAUUUGUUAAUUAUGGUAGUUUCUUGACUAGUGGUGGGGGGUUCACUUUAGCUUUUAGUUUCUCUAUAGUUAUUAUGUUUGGUUCAUCUUCUUUCUUCUCUUGUUCCUGACAUGAAACUCAAUGUACCUACAGUUUCUAUUGAAUCACUGAAAGAUGUGCCCUCUCUUCUAUA